CCGCCGCGCGAGCCUUACGGGGUUUGAAUGCUGUGGACGGUUAACGGCUGCCCGAGAGCGGCGCGUUACGUUGCCCUUAAUGCCGUUACGUUUGGCUUCGUGUAGCCCAAACCCUGUUGGUUUUUGUCUUCUCUUUUAGUUCCUCUGCGCGCUGAAAAAGCUUACCUUUCUGUCAGAGCGGUGGGGUGUAAAGAUAGUCGCCAUCUUAAGUAAUUUGCGGGGAUGAUUACCAAAUGAGAGGCGAUCUUUCAGAUUUCAGCGAGCUAGGUAAGCGCGGGUGCACUGGACUGUAUCAGAGCAGGACCUUCCUCUUAAGGCCGGGUUUAUCUCCCACCGCUGCCUGAUGAAAGCUCGGAAGCCGUGCAGACGAGCGACGAAUGUAGUCCGAAUAUACCUGCCUACUAGCGUCCCGCUGCCCUGCCGCUCAGCCUUACACAGCAGCUCUCUGGAGCCAAGGGCUGGUUUCAGCUUCGUCGUCAACUUUCAGCAUGAGGGAGAAAACUGCCAUUUCGGAAAUGACGAGUCCAUUUCUUCUAAAAAAAAAAAAAAAAAAAAAAACAACAACCAACCCCCAGAACUCCCCAGCCAUCUAAGCAUUUGGAUUACUUUAUGUAACUAGAAGUUUAAAGGUUGCAAGAUAGCAAGCAUUACUGCAUCAUGUGCUAUUUCUCGAAAAGAGGACAAAUGAAGAGAAAAUGGGAAGAAAGACUGAAGAAAGUGGAAGAACUAGCGUCUCGCUAUGAAAGAAACCCUCUUCCUCCAGUUUAUAGACCAAAACUGUCCAAACCCUUUCUGCCAUCCUCUGUUUGGAAAAUAUUUUGUCGGCAGGCUGAAGCUUUUGAUUAUGUAAAAACCUGCAAAGAGGAUGUUCAUGUAUUUGCCUUGGAAAAGAACACACAAAGUGGACAAAGGUUUUACCUUGUGACAACAUAUAAAGAGCUUUGGUUUUAUUACACUAAAGGUUAUAAAACAAGUCUUAUGCAUUGCUAUGAAGUAAUUCCUGAAAAAGAUGCUUGCAAACUUUAUUUUGAUUUGGAGUUCUACAAACCAGCAAAUCCUGGUGCAGAUGGCAAGAGUAUGGUUGCAAAGUUAAUUGAGCUUGUCAGCCAAAAAUUAAAAGAACUUUAUGAUGUAAAUUGUUCAGCCAAAGAUGUCUUGAAUUUAGAUUCCAGUACUGAUGAAAAAUUUAGUCGACACUUAAUAUUUCUACCCCAGAAGACUGUAUUUAAGGAUAAUAUUCAUGUUGGUAACUUUGUGAGAACCAUUUUGCAGCCUGCCAUAAGGUUAGUGGAGAGUAAAGCUGCUGCUGUGAUUCCAGAAGGAGUAGGACAUGUUUUCCAGUGUUCUGCAGAAGGAGUUGGAUUAGGUGGUUCUCUUACAAACCUCACAGCUGUCGAACAUGCUUCCAAAGGCUGGCCAGCCAUUGCUUGCAAAACAAAGGAUAUGGAAACAUCACACCAGGAAGAAAAUUCAGAAUUUUCCUUUCUGAUAGUCAAUGAUAAAGAAGGCAACAAGCAACUUUUUGUGGAUCUAGGAGUUUAUACAAAGAAUAGAAAUUUCCGGAUGUAUAAAUCAUCAAAAGCAGGAAAAAAUGUGAUUCUGAAGAUAGCAGAGGAUAAUAAGUUUGUCCCUAACUGUGAAGAGAACAUUUCCUUGGAAGAAGCAUAUUUUCUUUCCUCUUUGAUCUGCAACAUUAGAGCGGGUCACGACACAAAAGUUCUGUCAUCUGGCUUUUCAGAGGAGGAGAGAAAAAUGUCUGGUUUUUUAAACCGUAUAACUACCAGAAGCAGCAGAGAAUCCAUUGAAGGUUAUCAGGAUUCACCAUAUCCAGAAAUAGAUUAUUUUGUUCGUUCUUUGGUUAAUAAAGAUGGGGUCCAAGGAGGGAUACGGCGAUGGAAUUAUUUCUCUCUCGAAGAAAUACUUGUAUAUGAUAUUUCUGGUUACCGCUGGUGUGAAAAUAUUGGAAGAGCUCACAAAAGUAACAACAUAAUGAUUCUGGUAGAUCUAAAGAAGGAAGUCUGGUAUCAGAAGUGUCAUGAUCCAGUCUGCAGAGAAGAAAACUUCAAAUCACAAAGUUUUCCAUUACCACCUAGGAUACGUCUCUCGUUUCUUUUCAAAGAGGAAGAAGAGUAUACACUAAUGCAUGAAAAGGGGAACACAGAAGAAAAAGUAAAACCACCUUCUAGUACAUUAGGCUUGUCAAAAAGCUCAAUAUCUCUAGAAAAAAGCUUGUCUCAAGACUUCCUGUUGUCAGACAAUGAGUGGAGCAAUGCAAGCGAUGAUGCCUGUUUCCUAGAAGCUACCGAAGAUGUGGAACUAGCUGAAGCUGCAAAUGAUAGUCUGAAUUAUGCCAUGGAAGAAAUUCCUGAUGAAGUUCUUUCAGAAGCUUUAAGGAAACAGGACACUUGCAAUAAAGGCGGCAGCUAACCACAGCCUUGGCUAGCAAACAGAGUGCUAGCACUGAAGCUUGCAUCUCACGUGCCUUCUGUGAAAGAUACUACAAUGUAGUUCAAAAGCACUCUUCCAGAGCUGUAAGACAAAGAACUGAGUAAUGGCUAACAAACAGGUAUUCUCACAACUGGCUGAUCUUCAACAAGCAUGAGGAGAUCAUGGCAGAUUACACAAGGGCUGAAGAGUGCUGGACUGAAAACUCAUCAUGAAUGCUGCUUCAAGUUUAGUGCUUUUAACGCCCUCUGCUGUGUGGUUUCUAUUUUGUUAGUUGUGCGUCCAAGUUUUACCGAUAAGCCAAGUAAAAUAGAUGACUUCCAGCAAUGGGAGGAAAUUAUUUAUUUCAAAUACAAAUGUAAUAAAAAGAUUUGUCUAUCAA